AUGAUGACUCCUCUCAGCGCCAUGUUGCGACGACAGGUUUUCCAACUGCGUCUGCAGAACCCUGCAAGGCAAUACUACCACUCCCUGUGGGCCAUGUCUGUGCGCAGUAAGGCGAACAUGGCUGGUGAGCUGAAGAAGCCUGAAGAAGCUUCUCUCGACCUCAAUCAUUUGAUCACAGCAAACCGCUGGUCCGGCGACGAACUCGCGGCGGUUAAAACCACGCACCGGGAGCCCACUGACUGGGUUGACUGGGCAUCUUACAUGACUGUGAGGACCCUCAGGUCCAGCUUCGACCUCUUCUCUGGCUACAAAUUCCGAACCACCUUGGGGGCCAUGCACGAGCGGGAUUGGCUUCGUCGUGUGAUCUUCUUGGAAACAGUGGCAGGAGUUCCAGGUAUGGUGGCGGGUAUGGUGCGUCAUUUGCAUUCGCUGCGUCUCAUGCGCCGAGAUCACGGCUGGAUACAUUCCUUGCUUGCAGAGGCCGAAAAUGAGCGCAUGCAUCUCCUGAUCGCACUGAAUUUGCGACGUCCUGGGCCGGUCUUCAGGGGAAUUGUCAUUGCAGGUCAGGGGGUGUUUCUCACUUGGUACAGUUUGAUGUACCUCGUCUGCCCCCGAUACUGUCAUCGUUUUGUCGGCUACCUCGAGGAGGAGGCUGUCAUCACUUACUCCAAGCUUAUCGAUGCCAUCGACGCUGACCAGCUUCCAAUGUUUUCCAACAUGAAGGCUCCACUCUUUGCGCGCCAGUACUACAAUCUUCCCAAAGAAGCCAUGGUGCGCGACGUCUUUCUGCAAAUUCGAGCAGACGAAGCUUGUCAUCGCGACACAAAUCACUUCUUCUCCGAUCUGAAGCCGGACCAGCCGAACACCAAAGUCGACCAUUUGCGCAAGGGCCAUUUUCAAAACCAGAACGUGCAUUCAGGCGUCUUGAAGCUCCAGAGAGAGGCUCAAAGCAAGGUGAUGCAUGAAACCUUUCAGAGCCUAGAUCACGAUCACGACGGCUUCAUCAGCACGGAUGAUUUGCGCUGGGCCUUCCAGCAGCAUGAUACACCCUUCAACGACGAAGAUUUGGACGAGAUGGUAAGGAAAGCAGACAGGAACGGGGACGGCAAGAUCGACUACCAAGAGUUUGUCAAAGUCAUGAGUGAAGGCGACUUCCAUUGA